ACGGUAUAUUUCUGAGGGUCGGUCACACGGCCGACAACACUAACGCGGUGCUGCGGGAAGAAAAUCAGCAAAAACAUUAACAAAAAUUAAAUUUUUACAAUAAAUCCGGGCUUAAUUUGUUUUUAUCGUGAAGUGAAAGAACAUAUAAAAUUAUCGUUGCAUGGGCGAAGCUAACUGUGCCGCCGGCUAUGCUGGCGGCGUGAUCUCGGUAAAAAUGUCUCCGACUCGUGGUCAAAACGAAAGCGCCAAAAGCAAAUAAAACAGAUAAGAAAUAGCCAGAAAAAGGCAUUUUAUAGUGUGUGAAGUGAAAAAUUCUAUUGAGAUUCGGCCAAGUGAAAGAGCCGAGGCCGAGCCACCCCAAAUCCACUGCAAUUUUGCGGUCGAUAAAAAGUUAAUUAAUUCGACAAAAUAAAAACAAAACAAAACAAAACCCGAAAUAGCGCCGGGAUGAGUGCCAACGCCAACAGCAGCAGAACCAGGAGACGCAGCACUAGCUGGUCGUCGGAAAAGCAACCGCUGCAGCAGCCGGCGGCGCAACUUUCUCUGCCGGAAGACGAUGACGUCGCAGGUGGUUUGCUGGAAAUGCCGCGCAUAUGCCGUUGCUGCUGCAAACGUGAUCUGGAGCUGCUUAGCCUCUUUGGGGCCGCCGACAAACCAACCAUAUCCUCCCCAGAAACGACGGAAACAGAAACAGUCAACGCCACAGUCACAGUCACAGCCACAGCCACGUCUAAGAUGCGACGCCGCGAUACCACCACAGCAGCCCUGGGUGAUCGCACCAACGGCAAUCCCGUGGACUACGCCCUGAGCGGUGCCCACAGCAGCAUGGACAUUGUCCUCGAGGAGAUGAUCAUCUGGAUGCUCAAUGUCAGCCGCGACGAUGGACUGCCGCAGGAGAUCUGCCGCCAGUGCAUGGCCCAGUUCCUGAUGGUGGCCAAAUUUCGAAGGAAAUGCGUGCGGAUGCAGCAGCGCCUGCAGGACUACGCCCAGGAGAUAUCCGACCGGCAGGCCGCCAGACAGGCCAAGCGAAAACAGAAGCAGCAACAAAGGCAAGCACAGCAGCAUGAGCAGACCAGGGAAGAGGAGGCGAAGGAUAUGGACACGGAUGCGAAUUCGUCGGACUACAUGCAUUUGCCGGAGUCACAGAUGGAGCGGAAGCGUCGCAUCAUCUCUGAAUCGGAGGGUGAAUCCCUAUCCCCCCGAUCGUCGCGGCCCAAAAUCGUAAAGACGGAGCAGCCCGCCCCGGAGGAGGUCCUGCCUCCGCCCAAGGAGCGUCGCCUGCAGCUGAGACUGCGCAGAAUGCGGACACAGUCCGCGGGAACCCCGGAAGUGGCUACCAAUGCAAAUGUGAAUGCCAUUCCCGAUCCAGUGGAACGACCAGCGACCCACGCUGAUCCCAGCAGCAUGCCCUGGAAGACAAAGGCUGCGAGGAAGCAGCUGUCCGAGUCGUGGUCCAGCUACUCGCCGGCCCCCUCCUCGGAGAUUGAGGGCCGAAGGAGCACCAGCAGUGAGGCGGCCACAGAGCAUCUGAGCGAUCUGUCGGUGGGGCCACUCUGCGGCUUCGAGAGCGACAGCAGUCCUUCCUCCACCUCAGCGCCAUCGAUCCUCAAGUUCCCCCGACGAUCGCCCACAGCGGUGCCCGCACUGCGACGUGGCCGUCGACCCCGGAGUUCGCCCGUUUACUUGCCCGUCAAGCGGCAGCGGCGAUCCGUGGGCAAUAAGUCGAUGGGGAAGGAACUGCUCCAUCAGAUUGGAGCUGAGUCCGGUCCGGAGCAGAGCACAAAGUCUGAUGAGGAAAUCUCCGGCCAAGAUCCAAUGGAACAGCAGCCCGAAAUUGAUGAGAACUGUCCAACUCCGCUGCGUCUAGUGGAAGCGUCUUCCUCCUGCGGCGAGGCGAGCGACAUCAGUACUUCAGAUGCGGAUGCAGAUGCGGACGUGGCAGGAGAAUCAUCCUACGCGGAGGUCGUAAAAGAACUCCAAGGCAGGGAUGAAACCAGCGGCGAUGAAGGGAUUCGGGAGAACACUGUAUCGGCCGUAUCGAUCAAGGAGUUGUCGUCAUCGAGUGAUGCCUCGGACGAGAGCACCCUAAAAAAUGAGGAGGAGACUCCGUCCAAUCAACAGAUUGAAGGAGAACCAAAGUUGAAUGGAGCCGUCACGGCCAGUCCAGCUUCGAUGGAAGUUCAGUCGAAGGAACUGACCUCGUCCACAGAGGUCACAGCCCCGGCCACGGCUACUGCCACAGCCACAGUCAGUGAGGAGGAGCAGGAAUCUCCGGAUGGAGCAGGACAGUUCGAGCAGCCAGAGAUCAUUGUUAGCAUACCCCUCGAGGCACUCAACGAGGAUCUGCAGCGCAGACUGUGCGUGGACCAGGAGCAGGACAACGACGAGGAGGAGGAGGAGGAGGACAAGGAUCCGGAGAAGAAGGAGCAGCAGGACCCUGACCACCCCGACGACGUCAACAACAAUGCCAACGAUGAGAAUUUUUGCCAGAGUGCUACAGCAGAUAGCUUCAAUUCUGCUGUGGCACUCCAAACAAACGAAAUUGAAGCAAACGCAGGCCGCCCCCCCGAUGGGGCGCCACUGCCACCACCAGCAGCGGAUGGGGACGAGGACUCGCUCUCGUCCUCGGAUGAGCUGCCAGUGGUACGGACUGGACCCACGCCCAUGGACUUUCUGGCCGAAUUCGAGAAGCAUUGCGAGAAGGGUCUCGAGCAGAUCGGGGCCACGACACCGGCCCCAUCGCCGCCGCCCACGCCCAGAGCCGAGCCCCUGCCGCUGGCCCUCAACGACCUGGAGGCCAAGCAGCAGCUCGAGGUGGAGAUGAACGACGUGGAGACCACGCUGAACGGCAUCCUCAACGAGAUGCAGGACCAGCACAUGUACACACCGACCUGUCCGCACAUCGACGAGUUCCUCACCCCCGCCGACUAUGCCUCCCUCAGCGACCCCGAGCCCGAGCCCGAGCAGGAGCAGGAGUCCUCCCGCGACUGCAGCCCUGUGGCAGUGGCAGUGGCAGCCACGGAGGAUAACGUAUCGCCGCUGCGGGAGAAACCAGGGGCCAGGCAGCAGGAGGAUCUCUUCGAUAACAGCAACUUCAGCAACGAACUGAUUGGCUUCCAGAAUGACAUACCCUGCUUUGAGAACAUCGAGGCCUCGCCAGAGCCCGACCAGAGUCUGCAUCUGGAGCUGACGCAGUUCCUCAACGAACUGCAGCCUCAGCAGGGACCACAGACAACGCAGGUGUCGCCUGGGGCCCAGGUGCAGGUGCAGGUUGCGGCCCCUCAGGUCGAGGCAGUCGCAGUCGCAGUCCCCCCUAAGGUGCAGCAUCUGGUGGAGCCGCCUCUGGUCGAGCAACAGCCUCAGGCGGAGCCUCAGGUGGAGCCUCGGGUUCAGGUGCAGGUGCAGCAACCACCUCUAGAGCAUAUUCAUGUCCGUCAGCAGCCAACAGUCGCAAAAGCUCUGGAGCAGUCUCAGCUGGUCCAGGUGCCCCAGGUGCAUCACCAGGAGACGACAACGACCGUUUCCUACGAGCAGAUCUAUCACCAUCAUCACCAGCAGUCGGCCAGCAAGCUGCAACUGAUGCCAGCUCCCAUCGAUCCGCAGCAGCAGCAGCAGCAGCAGCAGCAAUGGCAGCAGUAUCAGUCCCAGGAGCAGCAGCAGCACACGACACAUCUGCAGUGGUCAGCAGUGGGCGGACUGGAGGCCAUCAAGGGCAGCUUUGGUCCAUCGGAAAGCACCACAACGUACUACAUCAGUGCCGGGGAUCUCUACCAGCACCAGCAGCAGGCUGCGCCACUGGAAACCACCUACACGAUGCUAGAUCCCAACGAGAACUACAUGCUCGAGCAGGCCACCCAUCAGCAGCAGCAGCAGCUGCAGCAGAUCCAUCAUCAGCAACAGCAACAGCAGGCGCAGCAGCACCAGCAGCAGCAGCAACAGCAGCCCAUCAUGAUACUGAUCCAGCAGCCGGAGCUGCAGCAGCCAGUGGCCUCGGCCAGUAAUCCCCAGCAGGCGCCGAUGCAUUUCUACGGGGCGCCCAUCAGCAACGAGUUGCACCAUCUCCAGCAACAGCAGCAGCAUCAACAGCAGCAGCAGCAUCAAGUACAAAAUCAGUCAGUAUUAGCAGCAGCCUCUCCAAUGCCUGCCACCACGCCCAAGGGCCGUGCAGUGUCGCUCAAGUGCCGCUUCUGCCAGAACGGACCGAGGUUCUCCAACAGCCUGGAGUACAGUCGUCACAUCAUCGAGCUGCAUCCGGCGGUGGCGCCAUUCAACUGCCCGCACUGUCCGCUGGCGUUUGCGGCGCGCAGCAAGCGCUCGCAGCACAUCCUCAACCAGCACGUGGUGCAGCAGUACCAGUGCGGCCAGUGCUCGCAGGUGUUUCCCGCCCAGCGAGCCCUGGACUUGCACAUCCAGCGCUUCCACAUGCAGAUCACCAGCAACACGGGCGGCGCAGAGAAGGGCGCAGGUGUGCGCGUGGAGGAGGUUCAACUGCAGAUCAGCAACGAGCACCAACAGCAGCACUCACCGCAUCCAAAAGCUCUCGAGCUGCACGGCAACACGCCACGACGACGCAGGCAGCGCAUUCUCUGCUGUCCGGACUGCGAGGACUGCACCUCUGGCCACAGUCACGGCCAUGGACAGGGACAGUACGAGGAGCUGCAGACCAAUCUGCAGGCACCGCCAACGGCCCUAACGCCGCCCUCGACGAUCAUGUCGGUGCCGUCGCCGCAGCCCCUGACGAGCACACACCAGCACAUAACCCUGCCCUCGCCAGAGCAGUCGGAGCCGGACUCCACCACGACGCUGCGGCAGUUCCGCAAACGAGGCGUCAUUGUGGGGCCGCAAUCUGCGGGGGCCUUCAGCCAGUCGCUGCAGUUGGCCACUCCCGUGGCCUCGCCCUCACCCUCGCCCUCGUCGUCGCCGUCCUCGUCCACGAUAGACUCGGCUCCAAACACGCCCGCCUCCGCCUCCGUGCAGGUCAGUGAACUGCGGACCAGCCACCAGUGCCUGUACUGCGAGGAGCGGUUCACCAACGACAUUGCCCUGCGGAAGCACCACCUGCUGGCCCACGGGGCCCAGACCUCGAUGCCCUUCGUGUGCACCAUCUGCAAGCGGGGCUAUCGGAUGCGGACGGCCCUGCACCGGCACAUGGAGUCGCACGAUGUGGAGGGCAGGCCGUACGAGUGCAACCUGUGCCAUGUGCGGUUCCCGCGACCCUCGCAGCUGACGCUGCACAAGAUCACCGUCCAUCUGCUGUCGAAGCCGCACACCUGCGACGAGUGUGGCAAACAAUUUGGUACGGAGAGCGCCCUAAAGACGCACGUUAAGUUUCACGGUGAGCUCGGUUACCAGUGCGACGAGUGCGAUCAGGCAUUCGAGUAUCUCAGAGAUUUGCGCAAGCACCGGCGCACCCACAACAGCGAACUGUUUUACAAGUGCGAGUUCUGUCCACGCUCCUUCUUGCAUUUCAUGGGCUUCCGCGCUCACAUGAACUCCCAUCUGCCGCUUGGAGUGUUCCUGAACGAGGAGACCGCCCUGAAGUCGGCGUCCAACUGCAGCACCACCACCAUCAUCAGCAGCGUCCGCAAUGACAAGUCCAGCGAGAACCCAGCCACACCCAUCAUGGAGGAGACACCGCUGACCCCGAUGAGCAAUAUCAAUAACAAUUCAGACGAAUGCUGCCCGAUCUCCAAUUCGGCGGAGAGCAGUGGUUUGGCUGGACGUAGUCUUCCUAGCCUAGAUUCGAUUGCCACAACGCCAUAACCCACGUGGCCGAAUUAUUAUUUAGUUUUCAAUAAUUGCGUUUAUUACAAUUACCAACAACCAAGCCACGUUACAGCGGCGCCAUCCUACUACUAUUGCUACUUUUAGUGGCUCUAGCGAAUAGCUUCCAUUGGAGUCAAACUUAAGAGUCCUUAAGCCCAGACCAGACAGGACCAGACCAGCCCAACCAACCAGCAGACUGCAUCGAAUGCAAUCCAUAAUUGCACAUAAAAAACCUAGAGACUAAGCAAUGAAUACACUCCCCCAAACACACACGGAGAACACACACAACACUCCGUAACAAUCGACAGGUUACACAUAAAUAGAUGUUAAGUUAGGUAGAAAUUAGACGUUUAGACGUUCAUGCAAUGAAUAUCAGCCGAGGUCAAUGAAACGGACUCUGCAUUCUAGGAAUAAGCCUUAUGCAUAGUCUGAGUUAAUGUUUCCACGUAGUAGAACCACGUAUUCCUUUAUAUAGAGAAGCCACUAAUUAAACGAACAAAUUACUUCAUUAGACUGUAAGACCCUAGGAAUAGAGGAUCAUAAAAGAAACGACCCCCGCCACCCCCACUUAAACCCUUAAGCGUGUAACCUUAAGCCUAAGAGUUCGAUUUCAGCUCAAAUCUAUUUUAAUUCCAAGUUGUUUGACAUCGUUUCAUUGAAGAAACCAAGCAAUUGAAUCACACACUUUCAUUUCUCCUUUUAUUUAUAAACUAUACAAUAAACGAAUUAUGUCGAUUAGUACGAUCCAACGA